AUGAAGAAGAAGAAGAAGGCCAAGAAGCCGGCCGCCUCUGACGCCGAGGCCGACGCGGACGCGGACGCCGACUACGAGGAAGACGCUCGUGCGAAGCCAUCCCUCACCGCCGCGCUCGUCGCCGACUCCAUCCCCACCACUGCCUUCGCUGCCGGAGCGACCAUCGCGCAGGUGAGAAGGAGCUCGCUGCCGCCGCAUCGCCACGCCACCCCGCCGCACGAGGGGGGCGCGGAGGCCGGCGAGCUCGCGCCGCCCCCUGGGGAACCACGGCGGCAGCCCGGCGGAGCUCCACAGCGCGGGCAUGCACCGGCCGUGCGCAGGCGUCGAAGGGGAGCGCGGUGGUGGCAGGCAAACGCGGCGGAGGCCAAGCUCCUAGCCCUCAACCGAGUGCGGUGGUGGGAGGCGAGCGCGGCGGCGGCUGCUGCUGGCGCCUCGUCGCCGCCCAACUCCGACGGCUCCCGCCCCCUGCUCCGCUUCGCGUGGAGAACCGCGAGCGCCGACUUGCUCCGCUUCGGCCACCACCCGUCUCGGCCCCGUUGCCUCCCCGCUGAAGAAUACAGAAGAGAAGAAAAUAAAAGAGAAAAGAGAAGAAAUAAGAGAUGA